AUGACUUCCAACGCCACCUACAACCAAGCUACCUCCGGCGCCGAAGUUGCAGCCGCCUAUAAAUCCCAAGUUACAGGCCGUAACAUUCUCAUCACUGGUGUCAGUCCCAAUGGUAUUGGUUCCGCCGGUCUCGAGGCUCUUGCAGCUCAAUCUCCAAAUCUGAUCACUGUUACCGGCCGUUCGGUCACAAAAGUCAACGAAUCCAUUGCUCAAGCAAAAGCCGCUUUCCCAGAGGCCAAUAUCAGACCAUUGAUCAUGGAUCUCUCUUCUAUCGAGUCUGUUCGUAAGGCUGCGGCUGAAUUCAAUGCUACAUCUGAGAACCUUGAUAUCCUUAUCAAUAACGCUGGUGUCAUGACAAUUCCCACCCGCACCCUUUCGGUCGACGGCAUUGAAAUGCAAUUCGCGACAAACCAUGUCGGACACUAUGUCUUCACCUGUUUGAUCCUCCCUAAACUCAUUGCUGCUGCGAAGAACUCUCCAAAGGGUGCAACUAGAAUCAUCAACGUCUCUUCAUACGCCCACGUUCUCAACCCCAUCCGCUUCAGCGACCACAACUGGGAGGGCCGUGAGGUUCCAGAAGAAGAAAAGGGAGAUGCGGAUAUGCUCCUCUUCUUCCAAGAAAACGAUGUUUCCUUCACAAAAUACACCGCAAUGGGGGCAUACGGACAAUCUAAAACUGCCAACGCCCUUUUCAGCGUCGAACUCACCAGGCGUCUUUACGAAAAAUAUGGAAUCUUGUCAUUGGCUCUUCACCCCGGUGCCAUUAACUCCAACUUGGGUCGUCAUAUGACUACCGAACAGAUUGAAUAUUGGAGCACGAAGAUGACUGAUGUCAUGUUCUUCAAGAGUACAGAUCAGGGAACUAGCACAACCUUGGUGGCGGCUUUAGACCCCAAGUUGAAUGAUUGGGAGAAGAGUGUUGGGUAUUAUUUGGUGGAUUGUCAAUUCUCUACCCCGAAGGCUUGGGCUGUUGACGAGGAUUUUGGAAAGAGGCUGUGGACUUUGAGCGAGGAGAUUGUUGGAGAGAAAUUCGACUAUUAG